UAACCUCCGCCAUGAAAAGGAUCUCUGGCUCCCGGGACCGGAAGGACCAGGGGCCUAGUGGCUUCUUCACCCGCUGGUGGAGGAGUGGCAGGGGUGAUGUCGCCGAGUGCGAUGACAGCCCCUUCGCCCAGCGUGGGUACGACAUCCGAGGGAAACAUCUCGGCAAGCUUCACAGAGCGGCUAGCCGGGGUGACGCCUUCAGGGUGCAGCUCAUCCUUACGCGCGGGAACGUUGACUUGGAUGAGAGAGACAAGAAGAAGAGGACUGCUCUGCAUUUGGCCUGUGCCAAUGGCCAUGCAACAGUGGUAGCUUUUCUGGUGAACAGCGGAUGUCAACUUAAUGUCUUUGAUGACAAAAACAGGACACCUCUGGUAAAGGCAGUACAAUGCCAGAAAGAGGAAUGUGCGACUACUUUGCUAAAACACAGCGCUGACCCAGAUCUUCCAGAUGUCUAUGGCAAUACUGCCCUACAUUAUGCUGUCUACAAUGAGGAUAUCCCGAUGACAAAAAAACUGCUUUUGCAUCAUGCCAAUAUUGGAUUAGCAAACAAGGAUGAAGUCACACCAUUUUUACUAGCUAUACAUGAAGCAAAACAGGAAAUGAUAGAAUUUUUAGUAAAGCAAGAAGAAAAUUUAACUGCAGUUAAGUCUGAAAGCAUUCACCAACUAAUGUCUGAAUACAAAGAAAAUAAUACAGCUGGAAAUCCUCAAAAUAGCAAUCCAGAAGGAACAUCAAACAAGAUGGCAUGUUUGGGAGAAGGAGCAGCAGGUGCAAAAGUGGAUGAGAUUCCUGAAAAUCCUGUAAAAAGGCUUUGCAACAAACCAUCUAUUGAUCACUCACAAUCUACGUCAGCUAAUGAAGACUCUGAUUUUGAUACUGAGGAGAACGCAACAAAGCCAGCAAAUGGAAAAAGACAAAAUGGUAUGGGUAUUAUUGAGGGUGCCCCACAAAAGCACACAAAUAAUGAAAAUUUAAUUUCGAUUAAAAAAAUUAGAGGUGCCUUUUAG